UGGCCUACUCCUGCACCUAUUGUCUAUUGUCUAUUGCCUAAUACAUCAAUAACAAUAAUACUAGGUAAUAAUAGUGGUAAACCCAAGUCUGUAGUGCUACCAAAGACACCGUCCAUAGAAGAUCACAGUUGCUGAGGUUGUGUUGUGUAGUGUGUAGUGUUCAAGAGCCUAAUGAUUGUUGGGAAGAAGCUGUUCUUGAACCAGGAGUGAGUAGGUUAAUCUACGAUGGUUUUGAAGCAAUUACAUUAUUGGGACAUAAAAAUGUAAUUUAUGUCACGAGAGCAGUGGAGUGUUUGAGUCUGAAGAAGGGUCUUGACCCGAAGUGUCACCCAUUCCUUCUCUCCAGAGAUGCUGCCUGUCCCGCUGAGUUACUCCAGCAUUUCGUGUCUAUCUUUGCCCUUUAUGGCAGCAACAGAAGCCGCUGAACGCCAGCGGGUGAGACAAGGAUGUCAGCCCUCAACGUUAAAGUAGCAUCUGCCCAAUUUAGGUAGCAAGCAGUCUUGGUAGACUGGGGCAGAGGGGAAGAGCAUUUGAAUGACUGGAGUCAGACUUUGUACUGUGGAUGAUGACUGUGACUGAUGGAGGUUGGUCUGGGUACCAGCACACUGCUGCCCUUCCUCAGGAUAGUCUAGACAUAACCAUCUUCAGCUGUUUCAGCAACAACCUUCCUUUCUCCAUAGGGUCAGAAGUAGUGAUGUUGGCUUAUGUUGUGAUUCACCAUUCCUCAGCAAAUAAACCACUGUAUGCCUGUGUGCAGCAAGACCCAGGCAACAUUCAGGCUUGGACUGAUUCACGUCACAAACGUGCCAGGCAGUGACCGUCUCCAACAAGCGAGCAUCUAACUACCUAUCCCUGGCAUGUUCAUUGUCAUACUGAGACACAAGGAACUGCAGAUGCUGAACUCUUGAGCAGAACACAAAGUGCUGGAGACUCUUGGCAUCGGGUCAGGUGCUUUUUCAUGUCAGGACCCUUCUUCAUUGCCAGAUUCCUGACUGACAAUAUCCAUAUAGUCUCCACUGCCCGGGGCUACUAUGACUAAUAGAGGCAGAACAUGCCAUGGUUUAGAGAUACUUCUGAGUUUUGAAAGCAGGGAGGGGAAUCGAAAUACAGGGAGGAUUCUGCAAUUUGUGGUAAGUACAACAUCGGGAGCCACUGACCCAAUUAUUCUUCUAAAAAUAAUGUUCUUAUACCUAUGAUCUCACCAACUGUAUGUCAGAACACGUGGGUGAGACCGGGCUCAAUGCCGUAACUAAGUACAGCCUCUCUAACCCCUGAACUGUGAAGAGAAGCUGGAGGAUUAUAUGAGUGAGGCCACAUGCAGCUCAUCCGUAAAGACACCUGUGUACCCUGGAUGGAAACUGAUCCACCGCAGUAAUGUUAGAUCUCAAAGUGAACUUGUCUAAAAGCUGCAGGUAGACAAAAAUGCUGGAGGAACUCAGCGGGUGUGGCAGCAUCUAUGGAGCGAAGGAAGAGGUGAUGUUUUGGGACGUUCAAGGACGUUCAGACUGCUACAAGCUGUUUCUGAUGAUAUUUUCCAUUGCUUGGACCACUCUUGGUCUGAAUCACAUGCCUCUGAUGGACAGUCCUAAUGAAAUAACAUCAGCCAGAGAGUUUGUGUUGUCUUGAUUGUAAUAAGGGCUCACUUCUGGCACCAUGCAUGUCAAUCUUCAGUCUGAAGAAGGGUUUUGGCCCGAAACGUUACCUAUUUCCUUCGCUCCAUAGAUGCUGCUGCACCCACUGUGUUUCUCCAGCACUUUUGUCUACAAUCUAUUUUCCUUUCCUCCUUGUGGCCUCUAUAUUCCUUCUAGAAUAUGCAAGCUAAAAUUGUGUUCAGUAUUCCGUGUCCAGGGGGUAUCAGGGAGUAUGGAUAUAAAGGGAUCAGGGGGUAUGGAGAGAAGGCAGGUACAGGAUACUGAGUUGGAUGAUCAGCCAUGAUCAUAUUGAAUGGUGGUGCAGGCUCGAAGGGCCGAAUGGCCUACUCCAUCUAUUUUCUAUGUUUCCAUGACGUAUCUGAAAGAGUUAAUCAGGCGCUUAUCAAAUGUACGUCAGAGUUAAGCCCCUUGUCUGGUUAAUCUCAUUGGGUGUUUACCAAGGAUUCCUCGGGCUCGAUGUGUGGAUAUAAGCUACGGGCUGAACUGAAGGGACUGUAAGGGUUUGGGACCUUGCACAGUGACCUGUGGGUUGAGCUGAGAAUGCAGGUUGGGGGAUCUGCCCACAUCUACAUGUGCUCCUGAUCCAACGGCUCGGGUGGAGUGGGCUGUACACUCUCGUGGGUGAGACAGUCGGGUCAUUGGGUUCCUUGAAACACCAUGAUGGAGAUCUACUGAGCGGAGAAUCGGUGAGGAUUUCCAACGCAAACUCCGGACGUUCCUGAGAAACCACCGACAGUGACCGGUGGACAGUUGUUUCCCAGCUAUGAGCCACAAGGAAACCGAAGAAGAUGUCAAUACACUGGGCAGUGUUGUGUCUGAUGAGGAGCAACUGGUUGAGGAACUACCAAGUGUUGUAGAUGAUGACUGCAGACCAAACGCGGAAAAUGAAACAGAAAAUGAAGGAUUCUUCAACAUGCUGAGUCACGUCCAGAGGAAUCGCAUGGAUGACCAGAGGUGUAACCUCCAGGAGAGCGGGACACCCUCCCAUAGAUCCACACUGAUUGAGGCCUGUGCAGAUAGCAGCUCCGACCGGCCCAUCAAUGAACUCCUGGACAUGCUGGCCGACAAGCAAGGGCAGCGGCUGGACGAUCAGCGAGUGACCUGUGACAACUUACCCGGUCUGCAGCUGUCCACCUGCUGCCUCCCGUCCACGGACGAAGAGACUGAGAAUGAAUAGGGACGUCCCAGGACAGGAUCAGGUUCCUGUUGGGCCUGAAGAAUAUCCAGAUCUGACUCACUGUCAAACAGUCAGAGAGACCAUCGCUGCUUUUACAGUCUGAAGAAGGAUCUCAGCCCAAAAUGUCACCUAUUCCUUCUCUCCAGAGAUGCUGCCUCACCCGCUGAGUUACCCUAGCAUUUUGUGGCUGCUUUUACAUAUUAACCUUUGCGAUCGAGUCUUCAUUGGAGACUAACCUUUCUGCUUUCUCUUGUGGUUCUGUGACUGAGAUAAGUGAGUUGGACAUUGGGUUUUGUAGCCCGAUCCUCAAUGUGAAAUAUCACCUUCCCACCGCGUCCAAGUCUCCUUGAGAAUUGCCUCAAUGCUCUUAGAACCAGCAUAUCUGAAUUUGCUGUAAAACAAAAUGCAUCGCUUAGACCUUUCCAUUUAAAAUGGUACAAACAUAUUAAUAAAUGUGUUGAUAUUAAAUAUUAAUAAAUACAGUUAAAUGUUAAAAUACUUGAUUUAUUGCACAUUUUUCAUCUGAUGAAUUAAUUUGGGCUCAGUUUCUGAUGUUGAAUAGAUUGUUUAAUUAACAGCUAUACUUCAGUUCUAAAGACCUGCCGGCUCCUUGAACAUGAAUGAAUAAGUUUAUUGGCCAAGUAUGUACACAUACAAGGAAUUUGCCUUGGUGCUCCGCUCGCAAGUCUUCUUUCGUGUGGCGUGCACAGCCUAAAGUUGUAGGACAACUUGUUCUAUUUGACCUUCCGUUUGUGCACGUCGAGUUGAUUGCAUUAGUUGAAACAGGGUGGACCACGUGAAGGUUGCAAUCUCCCACCCCCGCUCGCAAGUAACAACACGACAUACAGUAAACCAUUAAGAAU